AUGGCUUCCGUCGCAGGCCGAAAAAAAUCCAUUGUCUCCAGUGCGGGCUUGCCUAUCGAUUUACCAGUGGCCAACAACACUCUUCUGAAUCAGGCUGCCAUUACUUCUCUAUAUCAAGAAUGCUCUCGUCUAAGAUCCCGUCUAAUGCGAAUUCGAGGCUUCGACUAUUACUUCAAGCUCGCCUCCUCUUCUGACUCUCGUCAGUCCACAGAUCCCGUAACUCAACUAUGGGACCUAUUUUCCCUAGGAAUACCUCUGUGUUACCUCUUCGAUUUGCUUCCCGAAGAUGAAGGGUUCAAGAAACUUAACAAAUCCGAAUUCAACGAAAAGUUUGAGCAGAAUCCAGAUCGUGCCAAAAAGCACAGUAUCCUCAUGUUUGCUAUGCAGCUCACUUCUGAAGCUGUUACCCAACACAUCCCAGAUUGCGAGCCAUUUACAGUAACUGAGCUAUGGCUUCGCUCAUCAAACGACGGUCUUGUCAAGGUGGUGAAAACUGUCAAGGCAAUCGUCGACCACCUACCAGCAGACGUUUUCGAAGAGGCACCUCCGUCGCCACCAUACAUAUCUUCUCAUGACUCCUUCGACUCCCUUUCCGACCCCCAUGUAUCUAUCCCACCGGCAGGUUCUCGUGAAGCUGCGCGCAACAAUAUCAUUCGUGAGAUGGUCGAGACGGAGCGCAAGUAUGUACAGGAUCUGGAGAUAAUGCAGAAAUAUUCUACAGCCCUCUCACAGAGCAACAUCAUCGACCAGGAUACUAUACAUCUUCUAUUUCCCGGCCUUAAUAAACUGCUCAACUUUCAGCGAAAAUUUCUUAUCAAAUUUGAGAGCACUGCCGAACUUCAAUGGCAAGAACAACGCUGGGGGCAGCUUUUCAUUGAAAGCGAAGAUGAAUUUAUCGUGUAUGAACCCUACUGUGGCAACUAUACUACAGCCUCGGAGCUCAUGCUCACCCAUGAACAAAGUCUCGCGGCGCUCAAUCACCUGAUCAACGUAAAAGGCGAAUUGCCAGCAUUCCUCAUCAAACCUGUUCAGCGAGUUUGCAAAUAUCCCCUUCUGCUUGAUUCCUUGAUCAAAGCAUCAUCCGCCGACGACUACCCCUACUAUGAUGAAUUGAAAGCUGGUUCAGACGCAGCGAAACGCAUUACCGAUAAAAUCAACGAAGCUCAGCGCCAGGCCGAAAACGAACAAACCGUGAAAAACCUGCAGAGCCGAGUCGAUGACUGGAAGGGUCAUCACUUGGAAAACUUUGGGCAACUUCUACUCGAUGAUAUCUUUAUCGUCACAAAGUCCGAAAUCGACAGGGAAUAUCAUGUUUUCCUUUUCGAAAAGAUCAUUCUUUGUUGCAAAGAAGCUCUCCCUCCACCUCCGAAUGGUAGGAAGGUCAAUAAGAGCAAUUCAAUACUCAAGAAACAAGGAACUUCAUCUCCUCUCCAGCUUCCAGGAGGAUUUGGUCAACCCCAGAAGAAGUCUACUCCUCUUCUUCUCAAGGGCCGAAUUUUCCUCGGGAACGUUACCCAGGCGAUUCCUACAGGCAAUAAUCGAAAUUCAACUUCCUCCGGCGUUCCAACUCAAUAUCCUUUAGCGGUGUGGUGGAAAGGGGAUGACGACCUGGAAUACUUCACUUUGCGAUGUCGCCGGGAGGAUCAGAUGAAACAAUGGGAGUCGACAAUCAACCGGUUGAUACGGGAAGCCGCACAACGCCGGGCUUCUGACCGAGGAGGAUUUUCGCGCCUUCAGCAAAACAGUACCAACCCUCGACUCAACCCUCCUGCAAGUGUUCCUCCGUAUCCAUUACCGCCCAACGGUGUCACAUCUCGCAGCCGAUCUGGUAGCGUUUACGACCGUGAGCAGGGCCAAGGUCCCUCGGGUCCGACUAAUGGAUAUGGAUCAGGUCCACAGGGGUACCCACCACAUGACGGCUUCGAUGUUGAAGCCGACGAGGAUGAGUAUGAGGAUUAUCCCCCCGCUAGCGCGCAAUACGCACCAUCUGGACGAGGAACACCGAUCGGUCAACGUCGUACUACAACAGCCAGCGAGCGCGAUUCAUAUGUUGACGGCCAUCUCUCUGCUAUGAAUGGUUCUGCCCGACCGAUUACCCCACGCCUCAACUCCAACGUGAGUGCUAUGAGCGCUCAAUCUGAUGCCAGUUUUGGGAACAUUGUCAAUGGCCCACGGUUGUCUCGGCCAUCACUUCGCAGUCAAUUCAGCUCGACCAAGCUUCGAACAGGCUAUGAUUCUAGUGGCGACUACCGCUCGGGCAUCCCCCCUACCCCAGCAUCUGCUGUCUACAACCCACCUCCUUUGAACCGUUCGCGCAGUGCAAGUCAGCCGUCCGCAUAUAUUCCGAAAAGUGAACCACCUCCACCAUUACCAUCUGCACAAUGGAAUUCGCGCCCAAGUACCUCUGUGAGUAGCAGUAAACGCGGAAGCGGUUCCAGCCAGUCUACAGGCGACAGCUCAGAUUACUCUCCCAAUUCAUCUUCACCUAUCACCCCUUACGGUUCCAGCGAAUCUUCAUUGGCUGGUGUCAACAAUAUUCGUCCGUCACGAUCGCAAGUGUUUGAAAAUGGCGUGGGUCAUUCACCCUUUGGUCACCCUGUUAAAGUCAAAGUGCACUUCCAUGAAGACAUUUUCGUCAUCCAGGUACCGCGAAUGACAGAGUUUGAUGAUCUGGUUGAGAAGGUUGGACGGAAAAUACGUCUUUGUGGACCACGGAGAGAUGAUGGGCCACUACGUGUCAAGUACAAGGAUGAAGACGGUGAUAUGGUUUCAUUAGGGUCGACUGAGGAUGUUCAAAUGGCUUUUGAACAGUAUCGACCAGGCGGACAAGUAACAUUAUUUGUUACAUGA